UCCGGAAGCUUCGACUGUUAUCCUUCACGAAAGAAAAGACAUUAUCGGUCCAAUGUCUGACCAUGGGGAUGUGAGCCUCCCACCCCAAGACCGGGUGAGGAUUCUAUCCCAACUUGGGAGUGCAGUGGAAUUAAAUGAGGACAUCCCACCCCGACGCUACUACCGCUCCGGUGUUGAGAUCAUCCGCAUGGCAUCCAUUUACUCUGAAGAAGGCAACAUUGAACAUGCCUUUAUCCUCUACAACAAAUACAUCACGCUUUUCAUUGAAAAACUUCCAAAACACCGAGACUACAAAUCAGCUAUCAUUCCUGAGAAGAAAGAGGCCGUCAAGAAAUUAAAGAAUGUUGCUUUCCCCAAAGCAGAAGAACUUAAGAGCGAACUCUUGAAAAGAUACACCAAAGAAUAUGAGCAGUAUAAAGAACAAAAGAAAAAGGAAGAGGAGGAACUUGCCCGGAAUAUCGCCAUCCAGCAAGAGUUGGAAAAAGAAAGACAGAGAGUUGCUCAGCAGAAGCAGAAGCAGUUAGAGCAGGAACAGUUCCAUGCCUUUGAGGAGAUGAUCCAGAAGCAGGAGCUGGAAAAAGAGCGGCUAAAAAUUGUCCAAGAGUUCCGGAAGGUGGACCCUGGCCCAAGUGGGCCUCUGCUACCUGAUCUGGAAAAGCCUUGUGUAGAUGUGGUCCCCACCUCACCCACGCAGACUUCAGACUGUAACAGAACUGUGAGACCAGCUAAGCCACCUGUGGUAGACAGGUCCCUGAAGCCUGGAGCACUAAGCAUCAUAGAAAAUGUUCCCACCAUCGAAGGCCUGCGCCACAUUGUGGUGCCCCGCAAUUUGUGCCCGGAAUUUCUCCAGCUUGCCAGUGCCAAUACUGCCAAAGGCAUUGAAACUUGUGGAGUCCUCUGUGGAAAAUUGAUGAGAAAUGAAUUCACAAUCACACAUGUUCUCAUCCCCAGACAAAAUGGUGGGCCCGAUUAUUGCCACACAGAGAAUGAAGAAGAAAUUUUCUUUAUGCAGGAUGAUCUUGGACUUCUCACGCUUGGCUGGAUCCAUACUCACCCAACCCAGACGGCCUUCCUGUCCAGUGUGGAUCUGCACACCCACUGCUCCUAUCAAAUGAUGUUACCAGAGUCUAUAGCAAUCGUCUGCUCCCCCAAGUUCCAGGAAACUGGAUUCUUUAAGUUAACUGAUUAUGGCCUCCAAGAGAUUUCCACCUGCCGGCAGAAGGGCUUUCACCCUCAUGGCAGAGACCCCCCUCUGUUCUGCGACUGCAGUCAUGUCACUGUCAAGGAUAGGAUUGUGACCAUCACAGACCUUCGAUAAAUCUCAGUCACCAUCCAGGGAGAUGGCUCCUUGGAUAAAGACACUUGCCUCCAAACCCAGCAGCCUGAGUUCAUUUCCUUGGACUUCACACAUGAUGGAAGGAGAGCAACUUCCCCCAAGUUGUCCUUUGACCUCAA